AGAAGUAUAUGCAUGCUAAUAAGCAACAAAUAGGUUACCAAAAUUACCACUCCAUCUUUAAAGAUACUAUCUAGGAUCUUUACCAGAUUCAUAUUUAUUGUUGUGUGAAUCCUAGAACAUGAACCUUUAUGUUUUACGUCAAUAAUACCAAAAUGUAUAGGUGUGCUGCUGCUGAUGACAUAGAACAUGCAUGUUCUGCACCUUGAUUAUAAACAGAGGAAUGCAGGAGCCUGCAUAUCGUGGUACUCUUGAAAAUGUAAAAUUUACAUUGAAUUUAGAUCUGAAAAUCUGAACAGAUUUUAUAACACUUAUUAUUAUAAACACUUUUUUUUUACAGAAAAAAACAUCACUUUACAGAGAAAACACAACAGUUUUUUUGCAGUGUUGUUUGGACACUUUUCUCAUUGGAAUGGGAUACUUUAGAUCAGUCGUGUGCCCUGCUGUCUCUCACCUGGUUGCCCGUUGAUGGCAACAUUGCUCAAAAAGUUGCACUGUGUAUCAUCAGCCUAAAUUACUGAGAAUCACACGCCACAAACUCACACAGAAACAUGUGGCGUGUUGCUAGGAGACAAAAGAAAACAAAGCUAAAAAACCUUACUUUAGAGACACACUAGGCGAUUUUAGAUUAAAUCUGUCAAUGCCAGCCUUUAUGUAACUGUGUUAUUAUAGAUCUCUUGCAUAAGGUCAAUUCUUGGUAUCAGUAACAUUAAUAAAAAGUGGAAUCUAACAGACAUCUGCUUGGUCUUGAAAGUCUCAAGGGCAGACUCUACUGAUAGGUUUGUGCCUGUUCUGAUGGCAGGUGAAGCAUACCUUCAUUCAUUUUGCGAACUAAUGACAUGCCUGUGGCAUGAUUAUACACAGCUGCUACAUAUGAGAUUGACAUUAAAGAAAUUAAAAUAUAAAAUUUUAAUUCUGAGAGAAAAAUUGACUAGCAUCAUUUGACAACUCAAAUGUUUUAAAGAACGUGCUCUUAAAAAAAAAAAAAAAAAAAAAAAAUCAUUCAGUAUUAGAUUAGAAUGUAAAGACUCCAAAUCAGACAUUGAUAUCAAUGUCACGUACAAAAUCCCCUAAACAAUAAAUGACAGGGAAGCAGAAGGGGAAAUCACACUGUAGUUUUUCCUGUCAGAUGAGGAAUUGUCUCUAGUCCAGUGGAAAAAUGUGACACAUUUUUUAAUUUCUUUGAAUGCCUUAUCAGUAUGAAAUGUACAUUGCCCUUCUGCCGGGAUUAUUUAGAGGAAGAGGUUUUAUUCCAUUACUGAUUAUUUUGAUACAAGCUCAAAGGUUAAUUUAAUCUGCCUUUGUUUACAAUAAAAGAGCACAUUUAUUUAGAAUGCAGAAAUAACCAGAAAAACUUUGGUGACGAACUUAGAAGGAAGACAAAAAGUAUCAUACGGUUCCUUAGUAGUUCAAAGGGCCCCUAUUGAACAACAUAUUUUAAGAGCUCUCUGCUACGAGAAACAAAUAUGAAACCAAAAUUGAUUUUGGGUUACAUAGUUUUGUUUUUUAUGCAAUUUCGGUUUCAUACAGUAGAUCCUGAAAGCCCCUGAAUUUACCUAAUGUUAUUUUAAAGAUAUGUGGAGCAUAAUCUCUUAUGUAAUAUUGCAGCUGCUUUGAACAAAGCCUCAGGCCAUUUUAGUAACCAGUGACAGUCAGUUAUGAAUCAGUCAUAUUCUGACUGGACCCUACAGCACUGGACCCUAUAGCAUGAUUUGAUCUGUCAAUUUUAAUAUAAACCAAUAAAGAUUUCCCAAUUAUCAACUAAUACACAUACUGGAAAAGCCCCAGUGCUGCUGGACUGCAUGCUACUAGCAUACUACUGUCUUCAUGUAAAUUUAAGAAACAGUAGUAAGCCUAUAAAUAGUAUUUCAGUAGUAAGUAAUAAUAAGUAAUUCAGUCCAGUCAGUGCUUAUGAAAUGUCUCUCUGUCGAUCAGCUUUGACGACAAACUGUUGUAUAUAUAAAGAGACAAAUACACACAUCUACUUACAUGAGUAUAAGCUCUAACCAACAUGCCACAACAACAAAAGUGUUUUAACUUUUCAUUUUCACAUUUAGCAACCUGUAAAAAAAACGACAUCAUCAACAAAAUGAAUGUUACUUUCUUUCAAGUUAGGUUGCCGUGGGUAAACAAAAAAAGUCAACCACACACUGUUUAUAGCCUCAUUGCUGAUUUUAUAAAUGCACAUUUUUGUGCCUGUGAUUAAAAACAGCCGAAUUGCUUUCUCAUGGGAAACAGCUUCUCUGUUUGCCACCGGAAGAUAUGGUGAAGAUUACUUAUCAAAUGCAAAAUCAUCUUGUGAAACAAUUAACUCUUUCUUUCUCUAUUUGUCCACAUUUAAUGUUGGUGGCAUAACAUUUUGUAUGCAUUCUGUAUAACACUCUUAUGUGCAACACACACAAAAAUGCUCUCUUGGGUCAUUGUGAUGAUAGUUUAGUUUCCACACUGUCAUUGUCAAACAUAGUCAUACGUACUGAGAGGGGCAUACAUAGAGCUUUCCUGAGAAGACCACUGUGCUGAGGCAGCCGAAAACUGCCUAACGGUGAAGAACAAAGAGCAGUGACCAGCAUCACCAGGUCUCUGUCACAAUAGUCCUAAAAACAAAGAGGCUGCUUUCCAGAAGGCCAGGCCACCAUAAAGAGGCAUGCGCUCUUAGCUGUUGCUGUUUAGCUGAGGGGAGGUCAGUGGAUAUUUACUCUUGCAUUGUGGUCAUGUCUAUGGACUGAUAGUGGCCUGUCACUUAAAAAGCAUCAGGACAGGAAUGCCUCUGCCGCGACGCCGAUCCUCCUUCCUGGGCCAGGCUGCUUCAGAGCGGCCCAGCGGCGUGGGCCGUAUUAGUGCAGCAAGCACCGCUGCACCUCGGGGAGUGUUUGUAGGCAUGGCUCCCACCGGAGGAACCAGCAGCCUGGGUGCACGCGUGUCCCGCAGAGCUCUGGGCAUCAGCAGCGUGUUUCUGCACGGCCUUAGAAGCACCAGUGCUCCUGUGGUGACCCAGCCCAGAGAUCGAGGCCACCAGUUUGGCUUCGACAGCCUCAAUACGUGCCUCCUGGAGUACCGCGAUAAAGUUCACGCUUUGGAGCAACUGAACCAACAGCUGGAGGAACAGAUCAGACACUGCUUGGAACGUAAAGCCGUCAGUGCAGGGAAAUGGACUGGCCUGAAACAAGACUGGGAGGAUGUUUAUAUGCAGGUCAGUGAGGCUAUCCUGGACAAUGCUCGACUUAUGCUGCAGACUGAGAAUGUUCAAGCCAAUGCAGAGGACUUUAAAGACAGGUAUGAGAAUGAGCAGCCGUUCCGUAAAGCUGUGGAAGAGGAAAUUAACUCUCUGUACAAAGUCAUUGAUGAAGCAAACCUGACCGGAACGGACCUGGAGAAUGAGAUUGAAAGUAUGAAGAAUGAGCUGAUGAAUCUGGAGGAAAAUCACAUCGAGGAUGUUAAAAUGCUCUAUAAGCAGAUAUCCGGCCGUGAGGUUGAUGAGCCAGAUGCUCCCACUGAGACCAGCCUGGACCAGAUUCUAGCUUUUAUCCGCUCCCACUGGGAGAAGAUCAUUGAGAAGAACCGUGCUGAGACUGAUGACUACCUUGAGUGCAAGCAAACUGGCAGUGUGAACAGUAAGUUGAGUCAAGAGGAAGAGGAGCUCGAGAGUCUGAAGACUGAGUGCAACGAUGCUGGGUGCAAGAUUCAGAGUCUGCAGGCCGAAACCGAAUCUAUUAGAGCUCUGAAACGAGGCCUGGAGAACGCCCUUAGUGAUGCCAAGCACUGGCAUGACAUUGAGCUCCAAAAUUUGGGAUCUGUUAUCGGAAAGCUGGAGGCUGAGCUCAACGACGUUCGCGGGGACAUCGAGCAGCAGCGCCGUGACUAUGAAACCUUACUCAACAACAAGAUGAAGCUGGAGAUGGAGAUCGGAACAUAUCAUGGAAUCCUGGAUGGAGAGGAAAGCAGAUUCUGCUCAACGUUCCCCGGCGGUUCUUCAGUCCCAGAGGGACGAACUGAUCCCACACCUUCCACAUCUCAGCUACAAAGCAGUCCACAGGCUGAAGGUUCUAAUGCUCCUGGUGCUCCAGAAGAAAGAAAGCUGGAAUGACAUAUUUUAUUAAUCUUUGCAAAAAGCUUGAUUUUCAUUUGUUUCUCCUCGCUUGUAAUUUACACCAUCUAUAUACUACAUGAUUACCGUGCAGGUUAGAAAUAAAUAAAAAUAUAA